AUAAACUUGUUGAAGUCUUAAGAGGCUUAUUCCACAUUAAUUUUAAUUAUCUAUAACAUUAUAAAAUACAUAUAUACAUGUAAUUCCUGGAUCAGUCGUUAUCUGACUUAAAAGUAAAGUCCGAUUCUCAGCCUGCGUAAAAAUACAGGUGUAAUACUUCCAUGAAAAGCAUACCAUUGUUUUUAUUCCACAGGAAUCGCAUUGUGCAGGCACUUGGCUAACCGAGCUAUCUAAAAUGUGGCGGAAACUUCACUUAUUUUUACCUUUGGGAGUCGUGUAUUCCUGCGUCGCGGCAGAUAAAGGCCUGGAUUCUGUUGGGCAAGGGGGAUCUAUAAUGGCCCUAAAUUAUUUGGGGGCAUGGGAAGGAAGAAGGUAUUAUCGGGCUGAAGAUACUUAUGCCACGUGGUCAGAAUCGAUGGCACGAUGCAGUUCGCAAGGAAUGGUUCUCGCUGAUUUACGUUCAAUUCAAGAGAUAACAGCGGUUAGCAAAAUGCUAAACGAAAAUCACUGGACGGCAGGUCAACAAAUACCGAGUUUCAAAUGGGCAACGACCACUUCCACAAUUGUGUUUCCCGUAGUCAUGGAUGACUGGACGUGUGUUCUCCUCAGUCAGAAUGGAUUCCUGUAUGACGCCCCAUGUUCUGGACUCGCUUGUGACACGACCACUUCUCCAACCAAACAUGACAUUCCCUAUUCAUCCACAUCUCUCAUAAAUCAAAGCCAAGAAUUAAAAGCCAUUCAAAUAUUACGUUGUGUCACACGUGAUUAAGAUUUCGAAACGAAAAGAAUAUGCAUUUACCAAUAUAGUAAAUUAUCGGCAAUAAAAGUUCUGGUCAACUUUAUUUUUCUUUCCUUUAUUGUUAAGUGAAUC